AUGCUGUUUCUUUUUACCCGAGUGGGCCCCAACGGUCAAAGCAGUGCGCCGGAAACUUCAUCAUCGUGGAUGCUGAACGCAUCGUCGCGUGACUUGAGGAAAGCAAAGUCUACCCCCAUCCUACGAAUAAACGGAACUACGCCAACGACUGCUGGCGCUCCUUCACCAGAAACUACUUCCGCCGGAAUUGCAACAGAUAGCUUGGGUGUACCUUCUUCUUUGACGGGUCCAGCUUUAAGCACCUCAACAGCGGUCAGGUUGGCGUGCCCAAAACCACCACAUAUUUCCGAUCAAGCUCAAAAUAAACAUGCCUCAUUUACCCGUAAAAUUCGAUACCGCCUGUCUUCAUUCAAUCGAGGGCCGGGGAGUCCACUCCUUCAGCAAGCAGCCACCUCCCCCACCCGACCGGACGACUUUUCACCGCCUGUUUCAUAUUCACACGGAUCAUGUACAAUGCAUUCUUCUGGCAGCAUGUCUCCAACGACCGAGAAAUACCCGUCAAAACUUUACGACGAUGCAAAAGCUGUGCCAGCCCGCGAAUCGCGAGACCGUUCACAAUCUGUCCUGGAGCAAAGGUCGCCCUCUUAUGCUAGUAUGACGUUCUUUAAGGACGGACUCAACAAGGCUCAUAAGUUUUUUGGUCGGGCGCUCGAAGGAUUCUCAGACAAAGACAGUGAUGAAGACGUUAGUGACGAGAGUCAUGACGAGGACGAAGAGGAUCUCAACAUGCUCUAUUCGAAUGUGAUGGUGCCUUUAGAGUUUCCGGGUGAGGACGACGGAGAAACCACAUCCUCUUCAUCUUCUCCUUUCGAGCCAGACUUUGACAAGAAAGUUGGCCAGACCACCAGCCCUGAAGACAGCACCCCUAGCUAUUACUUCAAGAAACAAUCUUCGUCGUGCUCAUUGAAGAAGAAUAAUCUUUUGGCUCCGCAAGCAAGUGAACCUCUUUCGGCCAGUCUUGGUUCGGAUCUUUACCCCGAAAUGACCACUACCUCGAACCCCUAUUCUAUCACGUCCCAGCAAUGUCAUGACGUCAAGCUGCAAAUCAUCUAG